AUGGCUGAUCGAUUGACACAACUUCAAGAAGCGAUUGAUGAGCUCGCUCUUCAAUUCGUCGCAUCGCUCGUAUGGGUUAACAAGCACCAUGACUACCAAACUCUCAGCCCAACCGACAUGGUCCGAAAAGAUACCAAGAAGGACGAAUCAGGCGAAGCAUUGCCAAAUGAAGACGGCUGUGAGAUUGCCAGCCCCUAUUACAUGCCAAUUUUGACUCAUCCUUUUACUAUAGUAGAGCCAUUACCUGCGGACAAAUUUAAAGAAGGCCAGCUAGAAUUAGCACGAGAUCUUAUCAUCAAGGAGCAGCAAAUCGAAGUGCUUAUAUCUGCACUACCGGGUCUAGAAGACAGCGAGACCAAGCAGCACCAGACGAUUCUAAGAUUGGAGCAAGAACUCAAAGAAGAAGAAGAGAGGAGAAGAGAGGCUUUGAAGGAAAAAGAGGCCGUUCUAGCCAGGUUGGAGGGAGUUAUAAGGAGUGUGAAGAGACCGUGA